GAAUCAGGAGCAGGAGGACAAGCAAUGGGAGGAGCAAAAGCAGGAGCUCCUGCUCCUCCAGCUUCUCCCCCUUCUCCUCCUUCUUCUUCUUUAACUUUCUUGAUAUUAUCCUUGCUUGCCUCCAUGCCUCAUUGUUAGAACAUACUUAUGUUUUGGUUUCAUGCUUUUAUUCUUUUGCAAUCUUCUUGAAAGACUUUGCUGAUUAUGGCUGCACCAACUCCUACAGCCCUCUCUAAGACACCUCUCUCAGGGGCAGGUGAGAGUAGGAAUAUAACUCCUUCAAGAUCCCCUAAGCCUUAAUGGAGGCCAAUCAAGGCAGGACAGAUUCCUGUUUAUCUAUCAAAUGUUCACAUCCCCUACCCCCAACCUCUCAAACAAACAAACAAACAGACCCUGAAAAGCAUCUUGUUCACUGCUAUUUGGCCAGAAUCUGAAGUUGGAAUUAACUGAUCAGAAAAAUCUGUUAUACUCAGCACCCUGAAGAUGGACACAGUUUAUGAAGGUACUGAUGAAGAAGGUGAUAUUCCGACUCUGGAGGAAGGAACAAUACGUGGCACCAGUCCCCAGGUUACAUUCCCAUUUAGCAUUCUAUUUUCCACAUUCCUCUACUGUGGUGAGGUUGCUUCUGCUAUCUACAUGAUUGAUAUAUAUAGAAAAAGUAAUGACAGGUUCUGGACGGUAUUUACAUCCAUCUUCUGCUUUGGUGGAUCUAUUAUGGACCAACUGACUCUAAUAGUUGUUCAUAAGGACUUAUCCAAGAAUAAACCUCUAGUGCUAUUCAUGCACUUUCUACUUAUGGGACCUAUUGUUAGAUGUUUGGAGGCUGUUUUUAUUUAUCUUCAGUUGUUGAAGAAACAGUACGAAAAAGAGGAAACCUGUAUCAAUACAACACGAAGAAAGAUACUCCAAAACAGCAGCAAAGGGACACUGGAAUGGGAGAUUGCUCACUUAAUACAGAUACUAUACAUGCACUAUAAUGCCUUCAAAUGUAUGGCAUUGAUCCAGGCCUUCCUUGGGUCAGUGCCACAACUAACUUAUCAGUUAUAUGUCACCUUUACAGCACGUGAACUUCCCCUGGGUAGAGCUGUGCUGAUGACCUUUGCCCUGAUUUCUACUACCUAUGGGGCUAUCCUCUGUAAUGUAUUGGCCAUCCAAAUCAAGUAUGAUGACUAUAAGAUGAACCUACAGGCUCUAGAAUUCAUCUGUAUCACCAUCUGGCGUUGCCUGGAGAUAACCUCACGCCUCGUAAUACUGGUGCUCUUCUCUGCAUCCUUAAAAUUGAGAGCUGUGCCCUUCAUGUUAGGUGUUUUGAUGGUUCUCCUAUUGGAGCCCUGGGUUGAAUUUUGGAGAAGUGGUGCAAAGUUUCCUAGCAAUACUGAAAAAAAUAUUAGCCGAGUGAGCACUCUUGCCAUGCUUAUGUUAAUCACUAUUCUAUAUGCUGGCAUCAACUUCUCCUGCUGGUCAGCAGUGAGGCUGCGGUUGGCUGAUAGAGAAUUAAUUGAUAAAUCACAGAACUGGGGUCACAUGGCUCUACACUAUAGUCUUCGACUAAUAGAAAAUGUGAUCAUGGUAGUGGUGUUUAGAUUGCAAGGGGGGAAAGCAAUAGUGUAUUGCUGUGACUCACUAAUUGCCCUACAACUCAUCAUAACCUACCUGUUAUCCAUUGGUUUCAUGCUACUCUUCCAUCAGUAUUUGCAUCCAAGGUGGUCAGACAAAGCAUUACCAGAAUAUGCUGAAACUCAGCCUGAAGCAAUGUAAUACUGCUAUAAACAUUUGUAAAAACUGAAUAUUAAAAUUAAAGAAAAACACAAAUAUCUGA